CCAAAAUAAACCUGACCGAGUUUCCAAUAUUACACACGAGAGAAUACACUUUCUAAAUCAUGUGAAGAUUUAGUGACUGGGAUUCUAUUCUGUUGAGAGGAACACCCAUGUCUUUUUUUUUGGCUAUGUUGAUGACGAUGAAGUAGCUUCACACAAUGUGACUCUGAUCGUUGGCCGAGUCAAGGUUUGCAAGCAGAUGGAAAGGGAGAGUAGUGUGGAUCACAGAGGAACCAGACACAUUUUGUAGAGGACUGUAUCGACGGGUGGAGCUACAACAGCCAGCAUGUUGUAUGUGUUUCAGAUGGACGUUGGUCAGAUGCUGACCUUUGACAUUUCCCUCCUGAUGGACACGGUGGCGCGUCUCCAACAAGAGAUCGCUCAUGUGACGGGCAUCUCCGUGGACCAGCAGAUUCUGCUUCUGAGCGGCGGGCAGAGCCUGCACCCAGACCAGAAAGUCAUCUCCUAUGGAGCAGGGGCUGACACCAACCCGGUGUUUUUGUUCAGCAAGUUGGCCAUCACAAGUCAAGAGCCGCCACUGAUCAAAUCCUUCGGGGUUUCUAAAGAAGUUCUGCAUGUCCUGAAGGAUCGAGUUGCUGAUGCUGUCAAACUGCCGGUCAGUUUCGACACAGUGACCACCCGGACAAAGCUUGCAAUACAAGUACGAGACAACGCGGGCAAAAUCCUCACCUUCUGCAACAAUGAGUUCAAGGAGCAACAUCUACAGCACCAGGGUUGGAGCGCCGUCGUGGCUAAUCUGGAGGAGAUCGCUCAAGCUCUGCAGAAGACCAGGUCAAAGUUCUCGAAGAUGUUUGCCACGUUUUUGCCUCUUAGGGAGAAACAUUUUAGUCUGCUGAGCAACUUCCAGGAGGUUCUGGAGCUGCUGAGUCGCAUCCCUUUGUUGAAGCCUCUGCGAGAGGAGGAGGAAGAGGUCAUAGUUCAGGUCGGGAGGAAGAGUGUCGCGGAUUCGGAUGUUUUGAGUUUCAUCUCUCCGUCCCCCGCCCCGGUGAAUCUUCUAGAAUGGAUCACGACUCAGAGUAAAGGCCAGAGUCUGGAGGGGCUACAGCUCAAGUGUUACAAUGACCUGGUGUUUUUUAACGAGGAGAUGUUUGACCAGUAUGAGCGUGGCGUCCACGAACUUCUGGACCUGGUGUCGGCGGACACGCAGAUGAAGGCUCUGGUCGGGAUCGAGAGACGCCUCUCCGAGCUGGAGAAAAGACUCAACGAGGCCAAGAGGAUCGCAAAGGCACAAAACGAUAUGGCUCAGGCAUUUAUGAGCCAGCAGUCUCGGCUGAGCUCCACGCCCGACUCGUCCGUUCUGCCCGACCUGUGCACGAGUCACAAGCAGCAGCUGCGGCAGAUGCUGGACGGCCACCAGAGGCUGGAGGCUCUGCAGGGAAACUUCUGCCGCUCCAAGCAGGAGAUGUCCACCAACAUACACCACAGGCUAGGGUGGGUGGUGGACAUAGAAACGAAAAUCUCCAAACUUGACAGUGAUCUCAUCUUCCAUAUGAAAACCUUGAAGCUCCUGGAGGUGAACCUGGAGCUUCUUAGCCAGGUCAAGGCCGCGCCACAAGUCUACGCACAGAUGGUGAUGGAGGCGGCGCGGAGGAAAGUUUUCUCGCAGCAGUUUGAGCUGUGGGCGGACAGUCUGGUCGGAGACUCGAAGCAGCUGUACGAGGCCGAGGUGGAGCUCAGGAAACAUUUUACAAACAAACUGGGGCAGCAUUUUUUCCUUCACACUCUGUUCAAAGGAUUUGGGGACAUGCCGCCCAAUUUUGCCACCAAAGCUCCGCAGCAAUUUGACUCCAGCCUCCCCAACAUCACGACGGAAGACAUUUCUUUGUUGAAGUCUUCAGUUCCUGAGCUGGAGGGCUCCUUAUGUACACCGAUCGUGGUUCAGUCGUUCCCCCAGAACCAGGCAAGCUUCAGACGACUGGGGGGUUCGACAUCCCCACACUCCGUCCUGCCGAACUCCCAGUCCUCACAGACUGAAUGGUCACAUCAGCUCGGCGACAUUCCCUCUGUGGUGACAGCGACAGAAGCCCCACCCACGACGUUUUCCCUUCCUGAACUCCAGGAGUCACGGGCCACUGAGUACCUCCCGGCAGUGUCCAGUCUGACGGACACUAUGCGAGAAGCCAUCAGUUCCGAGACUGUCACCGCCGUUGAGAGCACCGCGGGUGGACAGACGGAGGCGAUGGGCGCAGGGGCAGGCGGGGAGCGGCCGGCCAGCCAAGGUAGUCAGUCGGGGAAGUCGAAGACGAAGGCCAACUCUGUCCACACCACGGAGUCCACCUCUCCGCUCUCUUCCACCGAGUUUGCCACAGCAGAUUUUUAUAUCGAGGACGCGAUGCCGUCUCCGAUGAGAAGCACAAGCGACUCGGAGACGAUCAGUUCUCUCCAAGCUGAACUGUUGGAUAAAGUGAAUCUGAUUCGCGAUUUGGAGGAGAAGUUGAGGAAGAGGGACAACAGGCAAACGUCGGAUGGUUGUGGGACAGAGUCAGGCCCAGUGAAUGUCACCAAGCAGUCCAGUUCAGCGACACUAGUUGGUGUGGUGGAUGUCUCUGAGCAGGUUUCGACUUCCAACUCGUCGGAGGCGGAGAAUAUGGAAAUUGUGGCGCUCGAGCAAGUUUCAGAGGAGGCUGAGGGGAAGCGGUGUUGUUGUGAUCAGGCUCAGGCUAAGGAGGAGUUAGACAGGAGGAUUGCGAGCUGUCAACAAACGAUUGAGGAGCUCAGUCAUGUGCUUGAGGAUACAGAAAAAGACAAGUUGGUCUGUGAGGAGAAGUACAACAGAUGUAUAGAGGAAAGAAACCGAACUGUGACCGAGUUGGAGGUUAGGUUGAAAGCCACGGAGGCUGAACUUGUCGAUGUGAAAACGAAGGUGGAGAGUUGUAACUCUGACUUACACAAGUUGAAGCUCAGCUUGAGCGAGUCACGGGCUGUGAAUGAAGAACUGCAGAAAGAGGUGAACAAAGGGGAGGAGAGUCUAGUGAGAGUUCGUGGUCGUUUGCUGGAGUUCCGGACCAUUGCCAGGGAGCAGUUGUCGUCUUUCCGGAAUGUUCUGAAAGAGCUGAAGAGCUCGGUGUCGGACAACAAACGUGAUGUUGAUACGUCUGUGGUUUCCCUCUUGAACACAGUGGAAGAGAAAGUGAGCUGUUUCAACAAUUCCGUGCUGGCCGAUGCUAACUCGGAGUUUGUGAAGGAAAAGGAAGUUCUGAACACUUCCAUCCUGGCGUUGAAAGCGGAGUUGUCGGAAGCCCGGGCUGCUAACAACGAGAAAGUCCUCCAUCUCAACCGACAUAACGAGGAACUCUCUUCUAGACUCUUGGAGAACCAAAGCCAUUUCACCAAGAACUUCUCAGAGCAGCAGGCAGAGUUCGACUCGGCCGUCAAGGAGUUGAAAACAAAACAUUCUCUCGAGCUCGAGCUGGAGGUGGAGGGUUGCAAGACGGAGAUGAGAAAGCUGCUGGACGAGGCUGAGCAGCAGGUGGCGACCCGCGACAAACUUUUGGAGGAGCUGAGAUGUGAGGUGGAGCUGGCGAAGAAGACAGCCGGGGAGGAGAGAGUCAGGCUGGAAACAGUCCACAUGGACAAACUUUGCGAGAUGGAGAAAAGACACCAGGCCAAGCUGGAGAGCAACACCUUUGAGCUGUCCGAGAAGUACCGCACAGACUUUGAGGCCACUUUCGAGAAAGGCAACGAGCAGAUCGCUCAGCUCAAGCCAUGCCCACAAGUUGACAGAGUUGAAAAUCCAGUUUGACCUUGAGAGAGAGUCGCUGCUGGCUGAGCUGCGCAAGGUCAAGGACCACGUGAUGACCUCCAGCGAGACACAGACAGACCUGCUGGCCGAUGUGAUCUCGCUCACAAGCAGCGCCAGCUACGGCAGCGAGGAGAUGAUCGCUAACAGACAUCCGACCACGCAGACCGAGGACAGUUCCACCGCAACAGACAACACUGCUGAGGCCAGCCGGGCGAAGCUACAGCAGACGAUUGACGAUCUCAACACCCAACUUACCUCAGCUCAAGAGAGAAUCAGCGGCCUGCAGACCGAGGUGGACACUGUGAGGCAGGAGAAGGAUGAACUGAUGACUCAGCAGAAACAGCUGGAGGAGGCAGCUCCGAGGUCACCGGACCAGCUCAGUCAAAGUCGGAUGGCUCUGCUCUCGUCCGAGUUCAGUCGCUACCAGGAGAUGAUGGAGAGCACAGGGGGGGACAACUCCACCAGCUUCAUCCUCAUGGACAAAGAACGAAUUUCGUCUCCGACCAGCCCCACAGACAAUGAGGAGGUGAAGAUGAGAGAUGUAAAAAUUGCAGAACUGGAGAAAAAAGUGAUGGAGAUUUCCAUGACGGCCAGCGAGAAACAGAGUGCCAACGACAAGGUCUCCAUCAAGGGGUGUGAGCGAGGUGACCUAGUUCUGCUGUGUCUGGACGAGCGACAUGACCAGUACGUCGUAUUCACCGUCGGGGCCAACCUCCACUUCCUGCAUAGCGACUCGCUCGAGCCCCUGGGCCUGAAACGAAGUGUGGAUCUGUCAUGUCGCAAGACGUGGAUCCUGGCCGAGGUCGUGGACAAGGAAUAUUGCCUGGCCAAAAAGCCCCAGAACCGGUUCCGGGUGCCCCAGGGUACGUGUUUCUACCGCGUGAAGUGCAAGCCGUGGAGAAGUGAGGCGGAGUGUGGCAAAGAGCUGGUGCGGCACGUCAAACCACCCAAGGGCGAGCGUGGAGAAGGGGCCAGGCCUAAAAAGUCUGACAAAGCAUGAACAAACGGAUCAGAAUUUGUGGCUGUUUUUACUUUCACACAUAUCCUGCCAAAUGUCCCAGUGGAUUUUUUUAUAUUUUUCGUCAACCUUUUUUUCGAAUAUUUUUCCUUUUCUUGGUCAUUUUGACAUUUUUGGGGGCAUGUUUCUUGCUGGAAGGAACUUAAGUUGUCAAAGUUUUUGCUUCAUAGAUUCUAGAUAGUAUUAGUCAGUUUGGUAAACUUAGAUAAAAGAUUUAGAUGAUUUGUACGGAUGAAAAAUUUUCAUCAGCCUGUUUUGUUGGCAAGCUGUUAAAAUGUAAUAAGCCCAGAAAGCAAAAUUUUACAGGAGAGAGAAAAAAAGUGUCAUUCUUUUAACUAAUGUACCUACAUUUAAUCUAUUUUUUCCUGCUUUUUUCACCGUUUAGAAUUUGAAUGUCGACAAAGUACUUCUUGAGCACAUGCAGCUGAUGCCGUGAAUUUUGCAAUAAAGUAAAAUAUUUCCAAAAUUUUGGGCCUAGUACAUUAUAACAGCUGGCAGACGACUGUAAAGUUUUGCAGAAAAGUGUAGCCCAUGGAGGGACAUGAAAUAUUGUGGGUGAGAUAGAGGUUUAUGGUUUAUGCAUCACAAACAUUUCUGAGAAUUUCUCCUAACUCACUCAAUCCCGGGAGUUUUUCCCGAAAUUGUACCCAGAAACCGGUUAUUUUGGCACUUAUGUAAGGGCCUACUAGUAACCACAAAUAUCGUCCAAUUGCUUUGAAAUUUGGCACAAAGUACAACCUAAGGUGGAUCUUUAGACAUACCAAAUUCGAAGUAUGUUACCCUAGUAGUUUUGCCAUGGGGUGUUUUACAAAUUUGGCAUUUUUGGGGGGCUUAUUGUUUUUUUCAUGGCCGAAUGAGCAAGAGUAGGCCUACAUUGAUAUUCAAAAUAUGCUUGUGAGUUACUAGAUCUAUGUAUUGUAUGGCAUGUAUAAUAAAGACAGUUGAAUACUUUCAUGAAUAAAAGAAUAUAUGUGAGAAAGGGAGAGAGAAUCGAUUGCGAGACAUGCUCAGCUGAUCAAUGUGAACAAACGUGCUGAAAGUGCCUUCAUAAAAAGCGCAAUAUCUCAGAGUGAUAUGACAGUAGAAACAAAAUUCCAGCACCCCUCGAGGCAGAAUUGGCCAGGGAAAUAAUAAAUUGACCUCACAUAAAACUUUGGGCCAUUUUCAGAGACAAAAUAACUAGUAUAUGGAACGAAACUAUAGAACCGAGUUCUCUAGGUUGUGGGAUUGAACGCAGCCCGCGAGCUGACCAAGAUAUCUCAGUCACGGGAUUGAGUGAGUUAAACAUGUCAUGUCUUGUAGAGUAGGCCUAUAUCACCUAAUGACUUAUCUCGGAUUAUCUGCUCAAAAAGUGAACCGUCUUAAAGUUGAGUUACUUUGUGUGUACUCACGGGUUUCUUUCAAAUACCACAAAGAUGUACUUAUGUGUCUGCUCGAUAUCCGUAUCACAGCAGACCUUAUUGAAAAAUCAAAAUGUAGUUUUGGUACAGAAAUAGUUGGACCUCCUGUAACGUACCCAUGUUUUUUUUCAUAUAUCUUAUUAUCAUUAUUAAUACGACUGAAAGUAGCCAUCUUUUUCUCAUGAAUAUUUAUUAUGACCGAAGGGUUUAUCAGACAGUGGGAAGCCAUAUGUGAAUUGAAUCCUUAGUGAUAUUUCCUGAUAAGAUGUAUUGAUUUUUUGGUUACGGUUUUCAUGCCUUUCGCGAGCCAGUACGACUGAUUGCUCUGCCGCAGAAAUCCGCGAGUGGAGCGGUCCCUCCUUUGUUGUGAACAUUUGCCGGGGUUUUCUGCUGGGAACGUGAUUCUUCAGAGAUUUUGGUGGUUUAGCUUUAAACCAUAAAGCCGUAGGUUCGAAUCUUGCAAGGAGCCCAAUGUUGUGUCUUUGGGAAAGUAUUGCGAACUUUACACAAAUUUUCCUCUUUUCAUCCAGGAGGAAAUUGGUACCUGGCUUUGGGCAGCUUAAGAUCUUGUCAGUUUAUUGACGUUUGAGCACGUGUAAUCCAUAGCUUGCACCGGGAAGCUGAGAAUGUUUCCAGGUGUUUUAGGGUCUGCUGGGGUAAUUAUAGUUGUAAAGUGCAUAGAGCUAACUACAGAGUGAAGAUAUGUGCUAUAUGAAUGCUAUUAUUAUUAUUGUCAUUUUAAAAAAAAUCAUUAUUAUUAUUAUUAUUAUUUAUAGUAGCACAGUAGCAGUGGUGUGUAAAAACUCAGGAAAGAUACAAAUUGUGAGAUUUAACAACUCUACUAACAUUAUUCCCAGUUUUUUCACCAGUCUUCAGAAAGACUUCCGGCCUAACUUACACAAUGCUGAAUGCUUGUCGGUGUCAGCAUAAUACUGAUGUUUGCCUUUCUUUUAGCAUCAAAGUUAAAAAAUCAUUUGUAAUGUUCAUAAUGACAAAGUUCUCAUUUUUGUCACUCGUUUUCUGUUGCCAUGUCAACUGCCAGAUCAAUUUAAAACACAUUUGUAAUUUCAUCACAAGAACUGAGGGUUUUUCUCAAGACGAAGGGUUUUUUUGGGUUUUUUUGCUUCUGUUUCCUUUUCGGUACUGGUACACAAGUUUUUCUUACUUUUUAGAGAGAUUGCUUUUGAAAGAGUGUUGAAAGUAUGUCAAGGCUUGUGAGGAGAAGCAGUGUAUACUUAGUUGUUUGUUGUAUGUUUGUUACUACAUUUGGAGGAUGGAUCUGUCUUGCUGAUUGCUCUCGUAUAGCUGGUUCAUUUGAAUUGUGUCUAUAUAUUUGUCGGGGAACAUAAUUGAAUUGUGUUUUUAUAUCUGUGGGGACAUUUGAAUUGUGUCUAUAUGUGUACCAUAUAUCGACUGAUUAGUGUGAGAAUCCACCAUAUGCCAUUUUGACAAGUGACGCAUGACAUCGUCUUCUUCAAGUUCUUGCACCGAACCAUUGAUAUGUCCAUGGGGGAACAUUUGAAUUGUGUCUAUAUGUCUACGUAUGUCAAUGGAGGUACAUUUGAAGUGUGUCUAAAUAUAACGACUGCUUUGUGUAAGACUCUGCCAUACGCAAUUUAUAAAGGGGUGUAUAACGGAGGCUUAAUCUGAGCAGUCAGUGUGUAUAUAUAUUAUACAUCAAUGGGGUUACAUUUGAAUAUUCUCCGAUCUUUUCCCACAACGGAUACUGCUGUGGUCUCAUCAAGGUUUGGUCAGGAGGGAAUGAAAAUACAGAAGCCCAGCCUCCCCCCAUCUUCUCAAGAAUAUAAUGAAUAGAUAAAAACCAUGA